AUCUUUCAAAUUCAAAACUCCUCAACCAAAGAAAAUUUGAAAAAGAAGAUGUGUACUCCAUCAAUAUUCACGGUGCUUGUUAGUUGGAGUGUUAGGGAGUUUGCUUCAUGUUUCUUGGCUCGCAGAUUCCCUGAAGAGAAACCGGCAGAGAUGAAUCCGUCUCCGUCGUUGAAACAUCCGAUGGGACACAUUGUCGCCGAAACGAAAGACAACACGGGAGAUAGGAAGAUUAGUGACAAAAAUAGAAAACGGCGGAACCACAGUCGGACAAUAUCGAAAAGCAUAGUUUCAGUGGACAAUGAAAGCGAAAACUCGAGCUGGAUAUGUCUUCCUGAUGAAGAAUACAUAGUUUUUUGCUUUAAAGAAGAUGGAGCUUUUGAUGUUAUGAUAGAAUCGAACAGAUCCGAAAGAAGUUCAUGGCGGGUUAAUAGAAAGAUUGAUUCUACCGAGGACGCCGAAAGAGAUGAGCUGAGCAGUGAUGAAGGAAGAUCAAAUGAAGACGCGAGUGAAGGAGAGGCCAAUGCUACUAAAGAACUGGGUGAUGAAAAAAGGGGCAGCAUUUGUUGGGAAGUAGAGUUAGUUUCAGCUAGCUUAAAGAGAUCAGAAGAAUCAAGAGACUCGUGUCAAUCUGAUGGUAGCACCGGAUCCUUUACUUUUCCUGUAUUAAGAUGGGAAUCGAUGGGAAGUCCAGUGAGAAUGCCAAUGCCAGCAUCAGAAGGUAUUAAUAAAAGAAAGAACAAGACUCAUUGUGUGCCAAUGCCAACAUUAGAAGGCAUUAGCGCAAGGAAACUGACAAUCCGAAUCUAACACAUUGAAAAAACACACAAUGGGCUUUGUUCUUCCUUGUGCUAAUGCCUUCUGAUGUUGGCAUUGGUACACAAUGGACCUUAGUCUUCCUUGUGUUAAUACCUUCUGAGGUUGGCAUUGGCCUAAUGCUUUUUGAUGUCAAUGCCAACAUGAGAAGGCAUUAGCACAAGGAAGUACAAGGUCCAUUAGGUCCAUUGUGUGCCAAUGCCAACAUGAGAAGGAAUUAGCACAAGGAAGAAUAAUGUCCAUUGUGUGCCAAUGCCAACAUCAAAAGGCAUUAGCACAAGGAAGAAUAAGGUCCAUUGUGUGUUUUUUCAAUGUUUUUUAUUUUGAUAGUCGUUUAAAUUUUUGUCUGGUAGAAGAUUUUAGG